ACUGUUAGAGAUUUUAGAGAUUUUGUGUUCAACCAGAUCACAUCUUCUCACUCCACUUUAACAGUUAGCUUCCUUAAAAUAAUGGCAGAUUGCAAAAGUAUAUUCCUCAUCCUCACAGCCUUAUGUUGCUAUUUUUUCUGCAAUCAUUGUUACGCAGAAACACAUACCUUACAACAAGGUCAACAUCUUACCGACUGGGAUGAACUGAUUUCACCAAAGAAGGUAUUUUGUUUGAAGUUCUUUAGCUUCGGCAGUAGCAUAAAACCUUAUUUAGGGAUAUUCUACAAUUACAACACCCUAAAAAGAACUUCUGACGGAGAUGAUAAGUUGUACUUGAAAGAUAAGCCGGUUUGGGUAGCAAACAGAAACAAUCCGAUCACAGAUAUAUACGGCGAACUCCUGAUAGAUAUCCAUGGCAAGCUGAGCAUUUUAUCUGGUGGAGGCACUGUUGUUGAUAUCUUCAGUAGUCCUCCAAUAACACGCAACGCAAGUGCUAAACUGUUGGAUACUGGAAAUUUCGUGUUGCAAGAACUGUAUCCAGAUGGGUCAGUUAAGCGGGUUUUAUGGCAAAGUUUUGAUUACCCAACAGACACCCUUCUUCCUGGGAUGAAACUGGGGAUUAAUCUCAAGACUGGCCAUCGAUGGUCACUCACUUCUUGGAGGAGUGAAACGUUACCAGCCGAAGGGUCUUUUACAUUAACAGGAGACCCAAAUGCGACAUCAGGUCAAAUGGAAAUGGUGAUCCUGAUGAGAGGGAAUGUCCAUUGGAGGAGCGGCUCUUGGAAGAAUGGUGGGUUCGAGAACACUGGUCUACAAUUUUCUCCCGAUGUCCACCUCUACUAUGUAUCUAAUGAGACAGAGCAAUCGUUCACAUAUCUAACAAAAACCUACGAUUCAUCGCCAUCUCUGACCAUGUAUUUAAACGGUCAGCUUAAGGGUUCAAGUGUAAACUUAGACGUCCAGUGUAGCUCAAUCAAACUCGCUGGUUGUGCUGAAUCUGACGUCCUUGAAGAGAUGAAUUGCCGGAAAUAUUGUUCUUUCGAGAGUAAUGAUCAUUAUUAUGGCCAAUACAUAUAUGGGGAUGAGUAUGAAUAUGAUGAAAGCCAUAACUUGACUGUUUAUGAUUGUGAAAGACUAUGCUGGAGAAAUUGUUCUUGCAUGGCCUUUACUUAUGCAACCGCAGAUGGGGCAGGGUGCAAGACUUUUAAUAGUAGGAGGACAGUGAAAUAUCGAGAGGAAACCAAAGAUAGCCCAUCCAAGGUCAUUGUGUGUCAUCCUGGUUAUUAUGGUGAAUAUGAUGAGAUGAAGAAGCGGAAGAAGAGGAACCGGAAGAAGAGGAACCGGAUUUUGUUGAUCACCGGGAUUGUAUCUUUUGCUCUACUCCUAUCAUGCUAUCUCGUAUGCAAGAAGCUGCAUAUUAGAAGGGAAAGUGUUAGAGAUGCCAUGCUGUUUGGUUUUUUAAAAGCAAAGAAAAUCCAAAGGCUGUUUCUGCAUCAGUUGAGGCGCUUGUACAAAAAUAUACAAACAGAUAUGAAGAUCAACCCUGAGCUGCAUUAUUUCACCUUUCAAACCAUCUCAUCUGCCACAAACAAUUUCUCAAACACUAAUAAGCUAGGGCAGGGUGGUUUUGGAGCAGUUUAUAAGGGAAAAUUAGUUGAUGGGCAGGAGAUUGCCGUGAAACGACUUUCAAGAGGCUCUGAACAAGGAAUCAAGGAGUUCAAGAAUGAAACCGAACUCAUAGCCAAACUUCAACACACGAACCUUGUCAAGCUUAUAGGGUGUUGCAUUGAGAAGAAAGAGCAAAUUCUUGUAUAUGAGUAUAUGCCUAAUAAAAGCUUGGACUCCUUUCUAUUUGAUCCGAGGAAGAAAGGAUUACUGGAUUGGAAUACCCGGUUUGUAAUCAUUGAUGGCAUUGCUCAUGGACUCCUAUAUCUCCAUAGGUUUUCAAGGCUGAGGAUUAUCCAUAGAGAUCUGAAAGCAAGUAACAUCUUGCUAGAUGACUACCUGAAGCCAAAAAUAUCAGAUUUUGGUAUGGCUAAGUUAUUUGGGAUCAAUGAGUCUGAAGCAAAUACAAGUCGAGUCGUUGGAACUCGUGGUUAUAUGCCGCCGGAGUAUAUGUUAGAAGGCUCUGUUUCAACAAAGACGGAUGUGUUUGGUUUUGGUGUUUUGUUGCUUGAAAUCGUAAGCAGCAAGAUGAAUCAUGGGACCUAUGAUGUGGAACACCCACUCAACCUUCUAGGGCUUGCAUGGGAAUUGUGGAAUGAAGGCAGAGGUUUGGAGUUGAUGGAUCCAAUACUGGAAGAUUCAUGCACUCCCAAGGAAGUAAUGACGUGCAUCCAUGUGGGUCUGUUGUGUGUUCAAGAUCAUGCUAUGAUUAGACCCACCAUGUCAGAAGUUAUUUCUAUGCUCACAAAUGAAAAUAUGCAUCUACCUGAACCAAAACGACCAGCUUUCUUCAUUGAGAGGCAUGACCCAGAUUCAGCAAGAGAUGAUAAUCUGGAAAAUGGCUCCGUGAAUGGGCAAUCGAUUUCAAUUUUAGUGGCGAGAUAGGAGGAGAAAAAAACAUGUGUAAUAUCGUUAUAUAAUGUAUCACAAAGCUGCAUGAAAAGAAGUCAGAUCGGGUAGUAAUACAUUGUUCACCAUGUUAAUGAUUUAUAAAUUUUAAGGUUUGUUUGGUUU